AUGACACUCAGUUUUCUCUCUCUCCAAGAAAAGACUGGCAGAGAAGUAUCGACAACCCUCACCUCCCCCCCGGUCCGCCUCCGCCACCACACAGCAUUCCCUGAACCCACUAAUCAUACUGCCAACCACCAUCCCGUACCAGCAAGCAGCAAAGCUUGUUAUCCCUGCACAGGCACUCACAGUCUCUCUACACUGGCUAUCCCUGCUCAGGCACUCACUGUCUCUCUACACUGGCUAUCCCUGCUCAGGCACUCACUGUCUCCCUCUCACACUGGCUAUCCCUGCUCAGGCACUCACUGUCUCUCUACACUGGCUAUCCCUGCUCAGGCACUCACUGUCUCUCUACACUGGCUAUCCCUGCUCAGGCACUCACUGUCUCUCUACACUGGCUAUCCCUGCUCAGGCACUCACUGUCUCUCUACACUGGCUAUCCCUGCACAGGCACUCACUGUCUCUCUACACUGGCUAUCCCUGCACAGGCACUCACUGUCUCUCUACACUGGCUAUCCCUGCACAGGCACUCACUGUCUCUCUACACUGGCUAUCCCUGCACAGGCACUGUCUCACUGUCCCUCACAGGCACUCACUGCUACUGGCUAUCCCUGCACAGGCACUCACUGUCUCUCUACACUGGCUAUCCCUGCACAGGCACUCACUGUCUUUCUACACUGGUUUGCAGUUAACUGA